GGGCCCUCAGAAAGAGGCGAGGUGAGAAAUGGGCGCGGCUGCCUGGAGCUCGGGAACCAAGUGAGGAGGCAGGGGCCUGGAAUUUAAAGUGGAGGUUCCCGGGUUGGGAGAAAACUCAAAGAUCCGAGCCAGGUUGGAAGUCGCGGCCGAAUCGCCCCAGCCCCCCAGCCGCUCCCGCAAAAUGAGCUGAUUCGCAGUUCCAGCUGGGAGGAUGAGCCUUGGGGAGCUUCGAGGAGGAGUUUCUGGCCGAAGAGACCACACACUGCACACGUUGAGGGUAGAUCCAGGCGCGGGUCAGGGCCGGGGACACUGGAUGGGGGCGGGGUAAGGCAGCCCGUUGGACGUGCGGCGGCCCCCUCGUCCCCGCAACCCCCAAUGGCUCCCCCCACCUCACCCCGGCGGCCCGCUCCCGGGUCCUUGUAGGGUCUGCCCCCGCUCGCCUGUCCCAGCCCCAGUCCGGCCCCGCCCGGCCCCGCCCUCUCCCCACUGCUCCGGGCAGACCCGCCCGCUGGAGCCGGAGUUACAAGAGCCGCCUCCGCGCGCGGGGGCCCGGCCACUCGGAGCAGCUCCGCCGCGGGGACUGCACCGCCCGCCCUGCCGGACCCGCCCCGACCGGGGCUCGCCGCCUGCAGCAGCCGCCGCACCGCGACCUGGGGCCCCGCGCGGGCUAUGGCUGUGCCCCGGGGCUGAGCGCGCAGGCCGGGUGACCGAGAUUCCCGACGAGAGAGACUGAGAAGACAGGAAGGAGGGGCGGGCUCCUGGCAAGGCAUCCGCUCCUGAACUGAGUCCUGCAAAAGAUGGAGAAGGAGGAGGAGACGACCCGGGAGCUGCUGCUGCCCAACUGGCAGGGCAGCGGCUCCCACGGGCUCACCAUCGCCCAGAGGGACGACGGCGUCUUUGUGCAGGAGGUGAUGCAGAACUCCCCUGCGGCCCGCACUGGGGUGGUCAAGGAGGGGGACCAGAUUGUGGGUGCCACCAUCUACUUUGACAACCUGCAGUCGGGUGAGGUGACCCAGCUGUUGAACACCAUGGGGCACCACACCGUGGGCCUGAAGCUUCACCGCAAGGGGGACCGCUCCCCCGAACCUGGCCAGACCUGGACCCACGAAGUCUUCAGCUCCCGAAGCUCCGAGGUGGUUCUGAGCGGGGAUGAUGAGGAGUACCAGCGCAUCUACACCACCAAGAUCAAGCCUCGGCUGAAGUCGGAAGAUGGAGUAGAAGGGGAUCCUGGGGAGACCCAGAGCCGCACCAUCACAGUGACUAGAAGGGUCACGGCCUACACUGUUGAUGUGACAGGCCGUGAAGGCGCCAAGGACAUCGAUAUCAGCAGCCCUGAGUUCAAGAUCAAGAUUCCACGGCAUGAACUGACUGAAAUCUCCACUGUAGACGUGGACACCCACCCUGGCAAGACAGUGAUCAGACUGCCCUCGGGCUCGGGGGCAGCAGCUCCGACCGGAGGCUCUGUUGUGGACAUCCACACAGGGUCCAUUUCCGCUUCGGUCCCAGAGCUCCAAGGUGCUGGCCACUCGAAGCUCCAGGUCUCCAUGCCUGGGAUAAAGGUGGGAAGCCCAGGCGUCAGUGUCAGUGCAAAGGGCUUGGACUUGGGGGGCAAAGGAGGGGUCCAAGUUCCAGGAGUGGACGUUUCGUCUUCUCUUGGGGGUGGGGCAGUAGAGGUGCAGGACCCAUCUCUUGAGAGUGGCAGGAACGGGAAGAUUAAAAUUCCCACGAUGAAAGUGCCAAAAUUUGGUGUCUCAACAGGGCCCGCGGGCCAGGCGCCAGUGGCAGGGUUGAAUGUUUCUGCCCCUGAAUUCUCUGUGGCACCCAAGGGCGGCAAGCCAGGCCUGACCGUUGGUGGGAACAUCCAGACCCCUCAGCUAGAAGUCUGUGCUCCUUCUGUCACUGUUGAGGGGCCUGAGGGGAAGCUGAAAGGCCCCCAAAUCACUGGGCCAUCACUUGAGGCUGGUCUAGGCCUGAAAGGUGCCAAGCCACAGGGGAGCAUAGGGGUGGAUGUCUCUGCGCCCAAGAUCGAGGGCACCAUCACUGGCUCCAGUGUGGAAGUUCAAGCCCCUGACGUUGAUAUCCACGGGCCUGAGGGCAAAUUGAAUAUGCCCAAGAUGAAAGUUCCCAAAUUCUCUGUAUCAGGUUCUAAGGGAGAGGGAGCUGGCAUUGAUGUGACACUGCCCACAGGUGAAGUGACUCUUCCUGGGGUCUCUGGGAACGUCAGUCUGCCUGAAGGUGCUGCUGGGGGGCUGGAAGGGAAGUUGAAGGGUACGAAAGUCAAGACGCCUGAAAUGAUUAUUCAGAAACCUAAAAUCUCUAUGCAAGAUGUGGAUCUGAGCCUUGGGUCUCCUAAACUGAAAGGAGAUAUUAAGGUUUCUGCGCCUGGGGGGCACGGUGAUGUUAAAGGCCCUCAAGUGGCAGUGAAAGGUGCCAAAGUGGACUUAGAGACACCUAGCCUUGAGGGGACUUUGACAGGACCCAAGCUUAGUAGUCCUUCUGGGAAAACAGGCACCUAUAGGAUCGCUAUGGCAGAUGUAGACUUAAAUGUGGCUGCCCCUAAAGUGAAAGGGGGUGUGGAUGUUGUACUCCCAAAAGCAGAAGGGAAAGUCAAAGUCCCUCAAGUUGACAUCAAAGGACCCAAGGUGGAUGUCAGUGCCCCAGAUGUGGAAGUUCAUGGCCCAGAAUGGAACCUGAAAAUGCCCAAGUUCAGCACUCCAGGAGUUGGAGGAGAAGGCCCAGAUGUAGACGUGAAACUACCCAAAGGAGAUGUCAGUAUUUCAGGGCCCAAGGUCAGCAUGGAGGCCCCGAAUGUCAACGUAGGAGGCCUGGGAGGCAAAAUUAAAGGCCCUGAUAUCAAGCUGCCCGAAGUGAGUGUCAAGACACCAAAGAUCUCCAUGCCCGAUCUAGAUUUACAUGUUAAAGGCCCAAAGGUAAAAGGAGAAUAUGAUGUAACAGCCCCAAAACUUGAAGGAGAACUGAAAGGCCCCAAAAUGGACAUUGAUGCCCCAGAUGUGGAUGUUCAUGGCCCAGACUGGCAUCUGAAGAUGCCCAAGAUGAAAAUGCCCAAGUUCAGUGUUCCAGGGCUCAAAGCAGAGGGCCCAGAAAUGGAUGUGAAUCUUCCCAAGGCUGAUGUGGACAUUUCUGGGCACAAGGUAGAUGUUAGUGUUCCAGAUGUGAGCAUUGAGGGACCAGAAGGGAAAUUGAAAGGACCUAAGUUCAAGAUGCCUGAGAUGAAUAUCAAAGCCCCAAAGAUCUCCAUGCCAGAUGUGGACUUACACUUGAAAGGCCCUAAGGUAAAAGGGGAAUACGAUGUCACAGUGCCAAAAGUUGAAGGUGAGAUUAAAGUUCCUGAUGUUGAACUUAAAAGUGCCAAAGUGGAUAUUGAUGCUCCAGAUGUUGAUGUUCACGGCCCAGAUUGGCACCUGAAGAUGCCCAAAAUGAAAAUGCCCAAGUUCAGCAUGCCUGGAUUCAAAGCAGAGGGCCCAGAAGUGGAUGUGAACGUGCCCAAGGCUGACAUUGACAUCUCAGGACCCACAGUGGAUGUUGAAGUUCCGGAUGUGAAUAUUGAAGGACCUGAAGGAAAGCUGAAGGGUCCCAAGUUUAAGAUGCCUGAAAUGAAUAUCAAGGCCCCAAAGAUCUCUAUGCCUGAUGUGGAUUUGCAUAUGAAAGGUCCCAAGGUAAAAGGAGACUAUGAUGUUACAGUGCCAAAGCUGGAAGGGGAACUCAAAGGGCCAAAAGUAGACAUCAGUGCCCCCGAUGUUGAAGUUCAGAGUCCUGAAUGGAACCUAAAGAUGCCCAAGAUGAAAAUGCCCAAAUUUACCAUGCCCAGCCUCAAAGGGGAGGGCCCAGAAGUGGAUGUGAACCUGCCGAAGGCUGAUGUGGACAUUUCUGCACCCAAGAUAGAUCUUAGUGCUCCAGAUUUGAGCCUUGAAGGACCAGAAGGAAAGCUGAAAGGUCCCAAGUUUAAGAUGCCUGAGAUGCACUUCAAAGCUCCCAAGAUCUCCAUGCCUGAUGUGGACUUACACUUGAAAGGUCCCAAAGUGAAAGGGGAUGUGGAUGUGUCUGUGCCCAAGAUAGAAGGUGAGAUGAAAGUGCCAGAUGUGGAUAUCAAAGGCCCCAAAGUGGACGUUGAUGUCCCAGAUGUGGACGUUCAUGGCCCAGAGUGGAACUUGAAAAUGCCCAAGAUGAAAAUGCCCAAAUUUAGCGUGCCUGGCUUCAAGGGUGAGGGCCCAGAAGUGGACAUGAACCUGCCCAAGGCUGACAUUGACAUAUCUGGACCCAAGGUGGACAUUGAAGCCCCUGAUGUGAGCCUUGAGGGGCCAGAAGGGAAGCUGAAGGGCCCCAAGUUUAAGAUGCCCGAGAUGCACUUCAAGGCUCCCAAGAUCUCCAUGCCUGAUGUGAACUUGAAUCUUAAGGGGCCAAAACUAAAGGGAGAUGUGGAUGUGUCUGUGCCUGAUGUAGAAGGUGAAAUAAAAGUGCCAGAUGUUGACAUUAAAGGGCCCAAAGUUGACAUCAGUGCUCCAGAUGUGGAUGUGCACAGCCCAGACUGGCACCUGAAGAUGCCCAAGAUAAAAAUGCCCAAGAUCAGCAUGCCUGGCUUCAAAGGAGAUGGCCCAGAAGUGGAUGUGAACCUGCCCAAGGCUGACAUUGAUGUCUCAGGACCCAAGGUGGAUGUUGAAGUUCCAGAUGUGAAUAUUGAAGGUCCAGAUGCGAAGCUGAAGGGCCCCAAAUUUAAGAUGCCUGAGAUGCACUUCAAGGCUCCCAAGAUCUCCAUGCCUGAUGUGGACUUACACUUGAAAGGCCCCAAGGUCAAAGGGGAUGUGGAUGUGACUGUGCCCAAGAUAGAAGGUGAGAUGAAAGUGCCAGAUGUGGACAUCAAAGGCCCCAAAGUGGACGUUGAUGUCCCAGAUGUGGAUGUUCAUGGCCCAGACUGGCACCUGAAGAUGCCCAAGGUGAAAAUGCCCAAGUUCACCAUGCCUGGCUUCAAGGGUGAGGGUCCAGAAGUGGACUUGAACCUGCCCAAGGCUGACGUUAAUGUGUCUGGCCCCAAAGUGGACAUUGAUGCUCCUGAUUUGGAUAUUGAGGGACCAGAAGGAAAAUUAAAGGGCUCUAAAUUUAAGAUGCCUAAGUUGAAUAUCAAAGCUCCUAAGAUAUCCAUGCCAGAUGUGGACUUGAAUUUGAAGGGAUCCAAAGUGAAAGGAGAAAUCGAUGCUUCAGUGCCUGAACUAGAAGGUGAUCUCAGAGGCCCACAAGUUGAUAUCAAAGGCCCCAAAGUGGACAUUGAUGUCCCAGAUGUGGACGUUCAUGGCCCAGAGUGGAACUUGAAAAUGCCCAAGAUGAAAAUGCCCAAAUUUAGCGUGCCUGGCUUCAAGGGUGAGGGCCCAGAAGUGGACAUGAACCUGCCCAAGGCUGACAUUGACAUAUCUGGACCCAAGGUGGACAUUGAAGCCCCUGAUGUGAGCCUUGAGGGGCCAGAAGGGAAGCUGAAGGGCCCCAAGUUUAAGAUGCCCGAGAUGCACUUCAAGGCUCCCAAGAUCUCCAUGCCUGAUGUGAACUUGAAUCUUAAGGGGCCAAAACUAAAGGGUGAUGUGGAUGUAUCUAUGCCAAAAUUGGAAGGAGACUUGAAAGGCCCCAGUGUGGAUGUGGAGAUGCCUGAUGUUGAUCUGGAAUGUCCUGAUGCAAAGUUGAAAGGCCCUAAGUUUAAGAUGCCAGACAUGCACUUCAAGACCCCCAAGAUCUCCAUGCCUGAUGUGGACUUACACUUGAAAGGCCCCAAAGUCAAAGGGGAUAUGGAUGUGUCUGUGCCCAAGAUAGAAGGUGAGAUGAAAGUGCCAGAUGUGGAUAUCAAAGCCCCCAAAGUUGACAUUGAUGCCCCAGAAGUAGAUGUUCAUGGCCCAGAGUGGCACUUGAAGAUGCCCAAGAUGAAAAUGCCCAAGUUCAGUAUGCCUGGCUUCAAAGGCGAGGGCCCAGAAGUGGAUGUGAACCUGCCUAAGGCUGACGUUGACAUCUCGGGACCUAAGGUGGACAUUGAAGCCCCAGAUGUGAACAUUGAGGGUCCAGAAGGCAGACUGAAAGGCCCUAAGUUCAAGAUGCCUGAAAUGCACUUUCACGCCCCGAAGAUUUCCAUGCCUGAUGUUGAUUUCAACUUAAAAGGGCCUAAAAUGAAAGGAGACUUUGACGUUUCUGCCCCAAAGCUGGAGGGAGAGUUAAAGGGUCCAGAAUUGGAUGUCAAAGGCCCCAAAUUGGAUGCUGACAUGCCAGAUGUAGCUGUGGAAGGUCCAGAUGGAAAAUGGAAAAGUCCUAAAUUUAAGAUGCCAGACAUGCACUUUAAAGCUCCCAAAAUCUCCAUGCCAGACAUUGAUUUGCACUUAAAAAGUCCCAAGAUAAAAGGAGAGGUGGAUGUUGAUGUUCCUAAAUUGGAAGGUGACCUCAAAGGGCCAGAUCUCAAAGGUGACAUCAGUGGGCCAGAUAUUGACAUUGAAGGACCAGAGGGCAAAUUGAAAGGUCCCAAGUUCAAGAUGCCUGACAUGCAUUUCAAAGCCCCAAAUAUAUCUAUGCCUGAUGUGGACCUAAAUUUGAAAGGACCCAAAACGAAGGGGGAUGUUGAUGUGUCUGUGCCUGAAGUAGAAGGUAAAAUUAAAGUACCAGAUGUGAACAUCAAGGGCCCCAAAGUAGACAUAGAUGCUCCUGAUAUUCAUGGCCCAGACUGGCACCUGAAGAUGCCCAAAAUGAAAAUGCCAAAGUUCAGCAUGCCUGGUUUCAAAGCAGAGGGCCCAGAAGUAGAUGUGAAUCUUCCUAAGGCUGACAUUGAUGUCUCAGGACCCAAGGUUGACAUUGAAGUCCCAGAUAUGAGCAUUGAGAGUCCGGAGGGAAAGAUCAAGGGGCCUAAAUUUAAAAUGCCAGAAAUGAACAUCAAAGCUCCCAAGAUCUCCAUGCCAGAUGUAGAUUUACACUUGAAAGGUCCUAAGGUCAAAGGAGAUGUGGACAUUUCCCUACCUAAGGUGGAAG